GACUUCGUUAGUAUUCAAAACAAUGUUAUUCGAACGCAGAAGAUAAUAUUGUAUAAUUUAAUGCAUGAAUUGUAUGCUGCGAUGCUCAGUUUGUGAAUAAACGUUCGCCUUCGCAGUGCAGUUAUGCAGCAGCUAAAAAGAAGAUUUACUUUAAACGCAGGCUUUGCCUUCAACAUUUUAGUUGUAAUCGGUUGCAGUCAACUUGCAGCACUUGUCAGUGGCCAUGAAUACUUGAGAGAGAAACCAUCAUUCAUUCAGGCGUGCCAUCUGCACGAUCCAGACAAUGGCAAAUGUCUGGCGAAUGUUUUUGAGAGCUUUUUCACCGAGUGGCGUCAUGGCGUGCCCGGCCUGAAAGGACUUAGUCCCAUUGAUCCGUUUAAGGUGAAGCGUGUGCGUCUCUCACAGCACACCGAAAACUUGGCUGACAUCAAAGCCGAACUGACGAAUGUGGUGGCGCAAGGCAUGAGCGGCACACGGGUGUUGAAGACGUCCGUCAACGACAAAGACUACACAAUUGAGUUCAAAUUGAAAACGCCAUCGGUGCAUGUCGAAGGAGAUUAUCAGGUCAAUGGACGCAUAUUGAUUUUGAAUUUGGAUAGCGCUGGCAAGAUGUCAUCUACUGUUGAAAAUCUUGAAUAUCGCAUCUCUUGCAAGGCGAAUCUCAAACAGGUCGAUGGUCAGUAUUUCUUCGAUUUAACUUCGGCUUCAUCGCGUAUUGAUAAAGUGGGCAAUUUCAAAAUAUAUUUCUCGAAUCUCUUCCAUGGCAACAAGGAGCUCGAGGAGAGCGCCCACGAACUGUUUAAUAAUAAUUGGUAUGAGCUUUUCGAAAUCAUGCGUCCCGCUUUUGCCCAGACAAUCAAUACAAUUAUACUGAAUCGUUAUAAGAAAAUUUUAAGUUAUGUACCGGCUAACUAUUUUCUGGAUGAUUUACCUUAGAUAUUUUAGUGCAUAAGAAUUGAUACAAAUUAACAAUCAAUCAUGUCAUUUAUAUACUGUCUUGGUAAAAUUCAUAAUUAUACGAGUAUACUAAAUAAAAAGUUAUAUCUUCAGAAACGUA